AUGAAUCUAGCUUAUUCAUUUCCAACAAAGUGGAUUUCAAAUGAAGGGGAAUUUGCUCGUCUCAAGUACUUGUUGAUUCAUGAGUGUGAGCAAAUACAUCUUGGAACCGUGAGCCUGAAGGAGAUCCCUUCAGAUUUUGCAGAAAUAUUACCACUUCAAGUGAUUGACUUGUACCGCUGCAAAAAUUCCCUAUUGGCAUCGGUAAAGGAAGUAUCGGAGGAAAGAGAGAACCUAGGAUAUGACGCUCUUCAAAUUCGAAGUUCUGUGUUUGCACUGCUCAGAAUUUCUGUGCAGAGAGGUAUCAAUCUUGCUCUUGGCAAUGGCCUCAGCAGAGAUCCUUAUGCUGUUGUCAGGAUGUCCAAACAGAUUUUGAAGACUCAUGUUGUUACAAAGACUGUUAAUCCCGAAUGGCAUGACGAUUUGACGGUAGCUGUUUUAGAUCCUAGUCAACCAGUUUCCGCAGUGUACGACAAAAACAUGUUCAGUGCGGAUGAGAAGAUGGGAGACGCAGAGUUUGAUAUUAGACCAUUUGUACAAGCGUUUAAGAUGCAUCCAAAUGGCCUACCAAACGGUACAAUAACCACAAGAAUAUUGCCUUCAAGCUCGAAUUGCCUGUCCGAAGAGAGUUUCAUUUUCUGGAAGGAUGACAAUCUAAUGCAGGAUAUGUGCCUCGGAUUGAGAAAUAUCGAAUCCGGCCUAGUCAAACUUCAGCUGCGGUGGAUUGAUAUUCCUGGCUACGAAUAUUUAUAG